GUUAACCCGGCUAUUUCCACCGAGGUUAGGAAUUUAACUGGACUACAGGAGAGGAGCGCCUGCCUGCCUGCCUUUAUCGCAACGCAUGUCCAGUCCCUGCAUCACCGCGCUGAAAUGAAGCGCUCGCGCUGUCUGUAUCUAAACGCACAGACUGGGUUUUAAUGCGGGAUGUGAUCGCGCGUGCAGCGGGAUGUUAAAGCUCGGGCGGAUGAAGUUGUUCAGAAAUAGCUGAAUAUGAUUAAUUAUGUCAGUAUUAGAUUUUGCAUUGGAAAGUCAGAGUGGGUGGGGUUGAAAUUCUUACAAAGUAACUUUCUGCUGCACAAGAAGCGCAUUACACACGAUUAUCGUCUGAAAAAGUUUUUUUGCAGCUUUUCUUUUUCGCAUGUCAUGCAUUUUUAAAUACUUGACUUUUAAGCAGAGGAGAUGUGUGUUUUUUUAAGUAAACAGACAUGCGAUGCAUGUAUCCAUGAGGAGAAUUUCGUUUCUUUUUUUAAACCCAGGGAGGUUUUCCUCAGCCUGAGAGAAAAACUGACACGAGCUCGCUGUCGUGGUCAUGUGUUUUUUCCCCUUCCUAUCGCUCCCUCUCUCUCCUCCUCUCUCUCUCCUCCUCUCACAUGUUGUCCAAGAGCUUUUGUUGGUUUUGCCUUCUUAAUUAUAUGCAUGUAGGUUAAAUGAAUACCUGACGACAAGGCCCCUGGUCUUCACAGUGUAAUUCGAUAGCUGAGAGGAAAAAGUGGCUGUAAGCAACCUUUGGAAUUCACGUUUUCUUUUCUCCUGUUUUCGCCUUUGAGAAGAUGAUCACUAGCUCCAGUGUACAUGGCUUAAAGAUGCAGUGGACCCAAGAGCAUGCGCAGUGGGCCGAGCAACAUUUUGACAUCUCAUCCACCACACGUUCCCCCGCACAUAAAGCAGAGGCAUACCGCGGACACCUGCAGCGGACCUACCAGUAUGCCUGGGCCAAUGACGAUAUAUCAGCACUGACAGCUUCCAACCUUCUGAAGAAGUACGCAGAGAAGUAUUCUGGUAUUUUGGAGGGUCCCAGCGAGCGGGCGCUCCUGUGCUCAUACUCCGAGAGCGCCCCAGGACUCUUGAACGGACGUAAGUCGGAGAGCGAAGCAUGGCAGGAGGGGAUCUACCCAAUGAGCUGUGCUGCAGAUGUGGUUUCUGCAAGUAAGACUGGCAUGACGGCUGCCCUGCCUCCUCCAGAUGUGACGGCAAGUGUCGGCAGCUCCACAGGGGUGGCGAGUAGCUUGAGCGAGCCCAGCUACUCCAGCAGUAACUGCGGGAAUCAUGCGUCUACUGCACUGCACUCGGGGAUCCCCUCUCAGGAAUUCGCUAGCAGUUACAAUGGCUCGUACUUGCAUUGCACUUACAGUGGCGGCCAAAGCACACCAGCUCUCCCGUCCCCACAUCCCUCACCUUUGCACAGCGCUGGGCUCCUUCAGCCUCCACCUCCAACUCUAGUGCCCAGCUACAAUGCAAGUUCCCCCAAUCUCUCCAGUUACAAUUACCCUCCAGCAGGUUAUCCCCCACAGACUGCUGUUGCCCCAGGCUACAGCCCAGGUGGAGCACCCCCUCCCUCAGCUUACUUGCCCUCAGGCAUUGCUGCCCCCACUCCCCUACCCCCUUCCACCCUUCCUGGUUACUCCUACCAGUCCCACAACCAUGCACCAAUUGCACCAACACCUUUGAACGGCAGCUCGGCCAACACACUGAAAAGAAAAGCGUUUUACAUGACAGGCCAGGGAGAUAUGGACUCCAGUUAUGGAAAUUUCAACUACAGCCAGCAGCGUUCUGCUCAUAGCCCCAUGUACAGGAUGCCAGACAACAGUCUUGUUGACUCAACCAGAGGGAAUGGAUUUGACAGGAACGCUGAUACAUCAUCUUUGGCGUUUAAGCCCACAAAGCAGUCAAUGCCACCGGAUCAGCAGCGGAAAUUCGGCAGCCAGUCCAUCAGGGCACUAACCCCUCCUUCUUAUGGAUCCUCCAAAGGUUCCUUGGGAUCCCUGCGGCCAGGCGAGUCAUUUGGAAAGUUUGGUUCCCCGGUUUUGAGUGACCACGGUGAUGACAACAGACAGCAUCACCCCCAUUCCAUUGGCACGGCCACUUCAUCCAGCCACCCUGCUGAGGAGCAGUUAAAAAACAGCGAUGCUAGUUUGGUAGAGAUGGUCACCACUGAGAUUCUGCAGCAGACACCUCCUGUGGACUGGAGUGACAUUGCUGGACUGGAGAUGGCAAAAGCCACCAUCAAAGAUGAGGUCCUGUGGCCUAUUCUGAGGCCAGACAUGUACAGCGGUAUGGCCACAUUACCUCGCAGCAUCCUUCUCUUUGGACCUCAGGGCACGGGCCGGACUCUGCUUGGCCGGUGUAUGGCCAGUCAGCUUGGCGCAGCUUUCCUCCUCCUUAGUGGCUCCGCACUGGUCACAAAAUGGCUUGGAGAGGCUGAGAAAAUCGUCCAGGCCUCGUUCCUUGUGGCUCGCUGCCGGCAGCCCUCAGUGGUUUUCAUCAGCGAUGUAGAUCUGCUGUUGUCUGCUCAGUUGAGCGAAGAAAGUCCUGUGAACCGAAUCAAGAGUGAACUCCUCCUCCAGCUAGAUGGAGUUCUAAGUUCUCCAGAGGAACAUGUUCUAGUAGUAUGUUCCACCAGCAAACCCGAAGAGAUCGAUGAGUCUCUACGAAGGUACUUUGUUAAGCGGUUGCUCGUCCCCUUACCAGAUGCCACCGCACGACACCAGAUAAUCAGCCAGCUGCUCUCACAGCACAACUACUGCCUCAGCGACAAAGAGGUUGCGCUGCUUGUUCAGCGGACAGACGGCUUCUCCGGGUUGGAUGUGGUCCGACUUUGCCAGGAGGCCAUGGUUGGUCCUCUCCAUGGUAUGUCUGGCACAGACCUUUCCGGAAUGAUGCCAGCUCAGAUGAGACCGGUGUCAUACCAAGACUUUGAGAAUGUGUUUUGCAAAAUCCAGCCCAGCAUAUCACAGAAAGAACUUGAUACAUACACUGAAUGGAAUAAGAUGUUUGGUUGUAGUCAGUAAAGAGCAAGGGCGUAAUGAAAUCUGUGGGGUGACCUCCUCUACUAUAAGAGGGGAUACAAUUCAGAAUUCUUUGGGUGACACAUACAGUGUGGUUAUUACAAAUGUAGAUGACCUCUAAAGAAGAACCUGAAGGAUGGUCAGAUACAGUUGAAUGAUGCAUGGCUGUACUUAAGUCAAGGUCUGGCCCUUUGCACAUAAUCCAGACAGAGAAAUACUGUUUUCUGGGCUCAGUACUGCAGACGCAGAGCUCCGCUUAACAAGGAACUCUGUAAGUGAGGACAAACUUCUUUGUGUGUAUAUAUCAUUCUGCUGUUUUUGACAUUUUGUUGCUAUGAAGUGCCUGAAGUGGUGCUUUAUUGAUUUGGAUUUGUUUGCCUCACCAUCUACAUUGGUGGCAUGUGCUAAUAUAGAGAGCUUUAACAUGAAAUUAAAUCAGACAUGUUCUGCUUUUCGUUCCUUUCCUUGUUUUCGACACUUCUCUCAAAAGAACAACAGUAUUCCUCAAUCAAGUCUGACCUGUAGACCCCAGGAAGGGCAGGAGAAGGUCCAUGUUGUACUUUGAAUCUGGAUCCUAAGUUAUGAAAUUCGUUUGUGUUUGAUUUUCUUCAAAAACUCAGGAAAGUGAUUGUGAUUUGUACAGUACCUCAAAAAAGAUUAUGCGAUAGCACUACAUACUGCUGACUACAUUGGGAUUGGUUUCUAAUUUGCUUCUUCUAAAAUUCUAGGUUUACCUCUACCAUUUAAAAAAAAUGAAAAGGAUAUGACUAUGAAUGUAACCAGAACAUUUCUGGGUUGUUUAGAAGAAAAAUUUGGGGAGUUUCUUUUACUUCCGUUAUAUUCUUAUUGUUCUUUCUAAAUUACGUUUAAAUUCCAUUGUGGACAUUGCUUUAAGUUUUGAAAGCAGAAUUGUGUGCCAGUAUUGACUACAGCACCUGUUCCUCCCUUCAGUUCAGACUCUACGACGAACGCUCAGAGAUGGGCACUAUUUGUUGUGUAGACAAGGUUCAUCCAAAACAACAUCCAAGCCAGAGUAUGCAGUAGACGUCAACAUUUGCGAUUUCGUCUCCUUUCUGUACAAUAGAGUUGAGGUGAACCAAAACUGUACGAAGAGGCUACCAGAUUCUUGAAGUGGAAAUAUUUUCACAUUCUUCGUAAAAGUUGCGUAUGUUUCGUUUUUGUUUCGGACUCUGUCCUGCUGCUGUGUGAUGUUGGUGUAAAGAUAUCUGAAGGAUCCACGUGUACCCUGCAUUCUGUUCUACCUCAGUUUAGCACUAUUUUCUCUGCAACUAGAACAGAAAGAUUAGAGCUUGGUGUCUUCAACCUCUUUAGGUUUGCUCUGCUCUGAAGCCUCCAUAAAGAACAAGAUGCCUUUUUUCAGAAAAAAAAAGAAAAAAAAAGAAAAGAAACAACAAAUGUUUGUCUCACACUACCUGUGCAAUUCUUCUGCUUUGAGUGCCCAGAUGACUCUGAACACCCCUUUGUGUAAACAUACACACAUAUUAUUGAUAGGGGUCUCUGUGGUGCCAUUUACUGGGGCCACGUUGCCUAAAGCCAGAAACAUACUCUACGCAAGUAUGCUAGUGCUUAUAGCAAUGAAGUUUUAAAGAUUGAUAGCGUUGUUGCUUUCCAAAAUGCGUCAGACUGCAAUUCAUAACAUAAUGCUAGUGACACUAGAAUCAUUACUAUAAACUUUUUCUACAUUUAUGCUGCGUCCCAAUUUGCAUACUGUUUGUCCUAAAUAGUGUUCAAAAUUAUAAUUGCUGUGUCCCAAAUGGUUGUAGGCCUGUGUUGAAAUGAGUGUUUCAAAGGUACUCAUGUGGUUCCAGGGACACUUUAGCAGGUAAUAUUGCCCACAACCCAACCCAUCAAUUAGAACACUAAAAAGUGUUUAAAACUACAAACAUGGUGGACAUGCGAGACCGAUGGUUAAGUAGGGAAAGUUUGUGAUUAUUAAUCAGUAUCUAAUCUGUUAAUAUAUAUGUAAUGUUAACCACAUUAUUAUAUAACAUUGUGAGCUUUUGAAAUGGUUUGUUUGGUCAUUCACUUUUAAAUGCAUCAUUAUGCAAACAGACUGGCAGAUCAAUGUGCUACUUAAUUUCUCUCCAAUAUGGUAGAAAACUAAAUUAAAUGCAAUGUGGAGGAUGUUAACUGUGACAAGAUGAUUGACAGGGUAGUUUAAACAAUGAUGGAAUACACACAACCAAGCAACAGAGCGGUCUGUUGAAGAUGCAGCUAUGAUGAAAUUGUAUGUACCAAAGAGAAAAUACUUUUAGGGCUUAGUAUAAUGUCGGUGAAUUGGGAUGCAGCAUCAGUACAGCUACUAUAAUGGUGGCACAAGAGUUUAUUUAUAGAAUGAUUGAGCUAGUUAAUCAAACUCUUUAUAUUUUUAUGUUUGUACACCCAGUUUCCUAGUGCAGACAUCUGAAGGAAACUCUAUCGCCCCUUGAGUAUGGAGGUAUCUUUCCUCCACAAUAUUGCAAGUAUGUGCAACAGGCUCUUGCAAUGCUUUAACUAAGCUUUUGCAUUUGUGUACUUGCAUACAGUAUGUUUCUAGCCCAAGGUAGCACAGGAUGUUGGUAACUGUAAGAGGAAACUUGUGUUUGAAUGUAUUUUUGUUUGUUUCUUGAUAUGUUUACUUUCUCUGAUCGUUUGUCAGCUUUUUUUGUCUAGCACUAGAGAGUUGAAGCGAUGUGUUCCCACAAUCGGCCUCUCUCUUUUUCUACCUUUAUCUCAUGUCUCAAAUGGUUUUUUUUGUCCACUGCAGUGUAAUUUGACACCAUUUUUAGGUGCUUAUUUAGCAGUUGGAGGCACCAGACCUCCAAUACAUGUGUGUGUAUAUAUAUGACAUAUCCUUAAAGAAAUAUCUGCUUUUUUGACAGACAUCCAGAUAGUCUUUUCAGUAGCUGUGAGACACCACUUUCUUCACAAUGUUCGUAAAGUGAUAUGUACACCCAAAGGACUACGAUUUCUAACCUUGUUUUGUCGUCUAAAGUGGUAUUUUCAUUCUGCUUUCUUGUUUUUGUUUUGUGUUGUUUUGAAGAAAAGUUACUAUUGUGCAAUUUGUCAAAUGCACUUUUAACGUUUUGUCUUAAAGGGGUCAUAUGACGUUGCUAAAAAAGAACGUUAUUUUGUGUAUUUGGUGUAAUGCAAUGUGUUUAUGCAGUUUAAGGUUAAAAAAACAUUAUUUACCACAUACUGUACAUUAUUGUUUCUCCUCUAUGCCCCACCUUUCUGAAACGCAUCGAUUUUUACAAAACUCAGCGGUCUGAAAAACGAGGUGUAAGCUGAAUGGUCAGCUCUCCAGUGCAUUGUUAUUGGCUGAAUACCUCAAGCGUGUGAUAGAAAUGUUAAGCCCCUUAAUGUACUGUGAUGCCUUCGACAAAACAAAACAAAUAAAACCCAUUACAAUUGAGGCACUUGUUGCAUGCAGUGGGGACAUAAUUACAGAUUAUAAUCUUUUUACGCGCUGCAUUCCAUUGCACUGCGUAAACAUCAAUCCAUGUCUGCAUUUGUGAUUGGAGAAAUAAAAAACAUGCGCUACUCUA